CAAUUAUCAAUAUCUCCAUCUCCCGGUGGACGGACGCUGCUAUGUGCGGCGCCGCCUCCACCUGCUGUCAUAUUCGCUCCUCUCCCCCUCUUUCCAGUGCCUUUCCCUCUCCUUUCUCUCUCUGACUCGCUUCUUCGUACGGAUUCCUGUUUUUCUGUAGCUGUGUAUCUGUAUCUUCGCGUGGCUGAAACACGUCGCUCCGACGGUCUCAAAGCUAAGCCUCCAUCUAUGUUCCCGCCGUCGGCGACACAUCCGGCCUCCCGACGACAACCUUGAACCCAUUGGCGUCUCCUCCCCUCGAUGAGAACACUCUCUUUCCCGUCUGGCGACUCCAUUGACAUUUUCAUCCAUCCCAUAGUCGCUGACCUGACUGCGGACACUCCCCGCCAUGGAAUCGAGGACCACGACGGCGGAACCGUCCAACAAACGACCGAGGUCGCCUACUGGCGAUUUCACCCCCAUUGCCUCCAAAGUCCCGAAAACUCAUCCAAACCAUCUUCAGAUCAACUAUCUGGCUCGCCAGUAUUCUGAAAAUCUCCCUCUCGUCUCCGUGGAUGAUACCAUGCCCGGCAUCCUGCGCCUGAUUGGCGACUACGACGGUGUCCUCCAUCGCCAUGAGAGCAUCGCGGGAAACCUCGGCGCCUGUCCGCUGGGCCCCAUCUUGGUCAAACGCUUCGAGCGUCUCUUCGAUGGACCUCCCCGCGUUCUCAAGUCUCAUGGAAAAGACCCCCCGGUCGUAACUUGGUUGGAUGUAGUUGAGUUCGCCAAGAACAAGCCAGAGCAGUUCAACCUGGAAAAGACUCGCAAUGGGGUGCGGGUUUGCCAAUUCUACACGAAACAAUGCCGGGUGGAAAUCAGCGAGGAGGAUUUCGUUCUGAUCGCUUCCGGGAUGCCGCAGAAGAUGAUCCCUCCGCAGCCUAUUGUCGAGGACGAAGAGAAGGAAUUGGGCGCGUUGGAGAUUCUGGAGAAGAACUUGCAGCAGAUCAUCCAGAUGGCGGAUCAAGUGUCCGCUCGAGCCAGGCAACUCAACCAUCGUCUGAAGAACCGCAGAACCGCCAUCAUCAGUCGUCGCGAAAAUGAUGCCACUCUCCGAUCGCAGCAAGCCCGCUCUAUAAGUCCAGCCUGGCGAGACUUAAAUGGAAAUGGUCCAAAGUCUUCUACUCCUAAUGUGCACUCCCGCCCUCACUCCCCGCCGUCUGGUUUCGUCGCCGUUAACACUAACAAACCGGGUCCCAUUGAACCUCCGCCGGAUGAGAAUCCUUUGUCCUCUCAAUUCAUGUUCUCCCACUCCAACGCAGAAAACAUUACAAUCAUCAAUGGGACGUCCAUCAAGGGCGCGUCUCCGACCACUCGCGCCGAACUGAUGAAGAAGUUCUUCACCACCGCUGAUCGUCAGGCGCGCGGUUAUGAGGAGGCGCCUGGUUCAGCAAAUCGGCCAUUGUCGCGGCCCAGGCCUAGGGGCUCUGACCCCGUAGAUUACUCCAUAUUUCCGGGCGCCCCGGGAACCGUCGCGAUCCCUAGCACGCCAUCAUCCUUGCUUCCUCCGCCCAAGUCCAACCACUAUGAGAGGGAUGAUGGCGGCCCAUUUAAACUGGAGAUGGUUGCCCGGAUGGAAGAGCUACAGCGCGGGGAGCGUAUCUUACCACCAUGCGACCGUUGUCGCCGCCUGCAUAUGGACUGUCUCAAGAAUCUAACCGCAUGCAUGGGCUGUACCAAGAAGCAUGCUAAAUGUUCCUGGAAGGAUGUCAAGGAAGAGGAAUUGCAAGAAAUCCGGAUGGGAGGCCAUUCUUCGGAACGUAUGGAAGGCACUCAAGUAAAAGAUACCUCGGUUGCCUCCUCUGCAUCCACACCAGCCUCAGCGCCUGCAUCCAUCCCACCUCCCUCUUCAGGCCAUGAACAGCGACCAGAACCAGAACCAGAGCGUGGUCCAGAUCACAACUUCCGGAGCGACUCUGCGCCCGGUUCGGCUCAACCUUCCGAAUACCAGAAUGUUCAUUCUCCGAUACCACGGAGACGUGCCAUAAGUGACGCUCAAGACGUUCCAACAUCAAGGCACGACAGACAGAUCAGUUUCAACCGCGACAGUGAUGCGACAGCACAGGAUGAUGAUGAUCCUGGCGCCAACCAAAGACUGAUGCAAGCCAUCAUGGACACUGUUGACCACCAUACAAAAGUGGCGACUGCAGUCAAAGAGAGAGAGGGCGAUUUGAAUGAUCGAGAGCGGGAGCGGAAAAUGGUCAAGGCUUGAGGGAUUGAGGUUGACCACUCAGAGCCUGCAUGUUCGCUAUUACAAACCUUCAUGUCCCGUGUUUCUUUUUUCUUUCCCUAGAUAAAUCUCCCACAGUCUUGUUUUCGUUUUCCUUAUCCCUCCUCCCCCAUCACGAUGGCGUUACUCAUAGCCUUUAUGCUGUUCCUGUUUUUCAUUUCCUCCCGAGUUUUAGCGCUGAUAUCCCUGGAUGUCUGGUUCUGGUUGACGUUUUGUUGGAUUAAUAUGGCCAUUCUGCAUACUGGCCGUGUAUGUGGCACAGCUAUAGCUAUUGUACAUAUAGUACAUGUACAGAGCACCAAGUAAAUUCUAGUAACCUAUAGGGAUCGGAUUUAAUUUCUAUCACACUGUUAAGACUCUAUCCCUUGCCAAGAAAGGAUAUAUCUGAACCAGCCGAACAGACGUCAUCUCCAGGACAGGGGGUAUUUCCGGGCGUUCAUCUUGAUCUUUCUUCAACGCGAA